UUUGUUCCUCGCGCAGGCUCCGCGGGGAGCGACGAGGAGGCGAGUUGGUGGAAAAUGACUGGAGGGAGGCUGUUAUCUGGGGGAGAAAUGACCCGUCACCGCUACGAAUUACGGUUGUUUCGUUUAUUAAAGUCGCUUUUUUGCUUUUUUUGAACGUGGACCGAGCAGCUCCGGCCGGGAUUCGGUGACACUGACCGUUAUCAAACUGUUUUUUUUUGGGCGGAACAGUUCCAGAGACACACCGAUAACCGUUAUUUUUCCCCCCGCAGCCAGAAUGCCGCGGGAUAACAAGAGCCCUCUUAUCCAGAAGAUAGCAAAGCAAGCCUCCGUCACAUUUAAGGGCUUUAAAUGCGCGGCCAACGGGGACAACAACGUCGUGGCGGACAAACAGAGUGAAUUAAUCUCCUUGGUGACCGCAGUCAGGGCUGCCGACCUGAAAAUUGCUCCCCGGAAACCCAAAGCGAGCUCCGCGGCAGCCGGGCUCCAGAACCCCCCGGUCACCUACAUGCACAUCUGCGAGACGGAGGUGUUCAGCAUGGGGGUGUUCCUGCUCCCGACCGGCGCCUCCAUACCGCUGCACGACCACCCGGGCAUGAACGGGAUGCUGAAGGUUCUCUACGGGAAGGUGAGCGUCCGCUGUUUUGACAAGCUGGAUGACGACCUGACUGCCAGCACCGUCCUGCCUCAUUUCGAGCCUCCGUUGGCUCCGUUCCAGACGGCCUCCCUGCGGCGCUCCGUGCUCCGCUCGGUUGAAGAGUACUCGGAGAACAGCGGGCCGUGCCUCCUCACUCCUGUUAGGGAUAACCUCCACCAGAUCGAUGCGGUGGAGGGGCCAGCCGCGUUCCUGGAUAUCCUGGCACCUCCGUACAAUCCAGACGACGGGCGGGACUGUCACUAUUACAAAGUCGUGCACACUGUGACGGAGGAUGGAAUGGAUGGAAAGAACAACAGGGAGCAGCAGGGAGGGGAGAAGGAGAAAGGAGAGGAGACGUGGCUGCUAGAAAUCCCUCAGCCAGAGGACUUCUGGUGUGGUGGGGAACCGUACCCCGGCCCUGUGGUCACUGUCUGAAAGAAGCUUGUUAUCAGAGGAAGUACACUGCAGCGUACGGCAGUGACAACACAGUGACAUCAUCAUCUAUCCACGAGAGGAAACUUUGUUUGGCCUCAUGCCCUCAAACACAAGGAAGUCAGAGGAAUUAAGUGCCUUGCUCAAGGACACUACAGCAAGGCAGAAGCUUGUGGAAACGAGCUUGAACUCUGACACCCUACACAGAAUUCGGACCACUGAACUUCCCUCCACAAGGCGCCACUGACCUUGUCAGUGCUGAGAAAAGAGUCGACCCGAGGAAUUCACAUUCCUAAUAUGGUAUUUUUCUCUGGACGAUAGCGUCGCCUUGUACACACAUGAAAGUCAUCAGCCAAACCUUCUGUGAAUGCUGGGGUGUCAUUAGCCCCUCUGGUGUGUGUGUGUGCAUGUGUGUGCGUGUGUGUGUUUUCUGCGAGGCCUGGAGGCCGUCUACACAUUAUUUUUUCAGAGGAUUUCCACAUUGUGACUUGUGUCUUAAUGCUGAAGCCUGUAAUUGGAGUGGUACCUGCCUUAUUUGUGAUUAUUGAAUGUAUACUUAUAGAGAGUGCCGUUUCUCUUGUACACACUCAUUCCUUCUUCCAAAGUGCACACACUACAUUAUGUAUCCUUUGUUUUUACUGCAUGUGUUAAAGAGAACACGGUUCUUGCACGGCUCUGCUUGGUGUUGAACCAGUUCUACACAUUCAUGACAUGGUGUCACUAGCUGUAAAUGAAUCCAGAUGAUAUGGUGUGUAUGAUGCAUCACAUUAAAGAGCAGUCCAAGAAGUCUAGUCUAUGAAAAGUAUUGCAUUCUAAAGUGGAAGCUAUGUUAGAGACCUUCAAUAUUUUUCUAUGUAUGAAGCCAACACGCGUACACUUUGUUCACUACCUGUAGCUCGAUAAACACUAUAUCAUUCCUGCCUGUAUGUUACUUUAGCUUAUAUCUUUAUAUCUUUGGCCUGUAUUAGACUGCACACAGGUCUAUGUGCCAGCUUUGACAAUGAUUCUGUUACACUGAUGUUGAAUGUAUGUGGAACAAUAAAAUAGAUGGGAA